ACCUCUCCCACCAUAACUAAAGAAUCAAUGUAAAUACACCAGACAGUGACCAAGCAUCAAGGGACAAAGAACACACAUCUGAGAAAGCUGCAGGAGAAGACCACAUGACUGGUACUCAGGAUGGGUACCUGGAUGAUUGCCAUUGUCACAGCCUUCUUUGGACUGGUGACAGCACCUGUGUAUGCUGAGGAAGAGGACUCUCUGGUCUGCAAGAUACCUCCAACCUGGACGAUUGAUGGAAAUAACGUAAUGCAAGAGCAGCUGGGGAAUGUUGUGGUGCUGGCAUUACUUCAAGCUAGCUGACACUUCUGUCUUGUGCAGGCUUCCAGACUUGGUGACCUGCACGACACAUUGUCUUCUCGAGGACUGACAAACAUCAGCUAUAUAGUUGUCAAUGACAAGAGCUCUGCCUCCAGGAGGAUGUACUCCCAGCUGAAGCAGAAGGCAGGCACAGAAAUACCUGUUUAUCAGCAAAUAUUAAGUGAGCCAGAUGUCUGGAAAGUCCUUAGAGGUAACAAGGAUGACUUUCUCAUCUAUAACAGGUGUGGCCAACUGACCUACCACCUUGUGAUGCCUUAUAGUUUUCUCCACUUCCCCUAUGUAGAAGCUGCAAUCCUUGAAACAUACUACAAGGAUAAGUGUGGGAACUGCAGCGUUGAAAAUGAAACAGACAUCAUGCAGGCCAAAAAUGAAACAUCGCCAUGUGUAACAGAUGAUAACGUAGGCACUGACGAGGAGCGUCCUCAUCACCAUCAUCAUCCUCAUGAAGGACAUGCCCAUGGGCGUUCUAGCAGUCAGAGCUGUGGCCAGAAGCACAAUAGCAAAAAAACAACAGACGAUGCAUCAAUGAAUGAUGGAACUGAAGAAUAUCAUCAACAUGAUCAUCAUCAUUCUCAAAAUGGACAUAGUCAUGGAGGUUCUAGCAAUCCGCACCUCUAUUAUCAACGAUCAGCAAAGAAAGAUGGCCCGAGGCACACUGCACAACAACAACGAGUAUUUCAGAGGGCCACACAGUAACCGUUGUAACUUGAUACCGCAAUCACAUCAGACAUGAACUGGCUGCUGUCCGUGAUCUAUAUCCCCUAGGAGAGUAGAAGAGAAUAGCCAAUCCUGACUAUUUUUACGUUGUAGUUGACGACCACGCAACGUUGUCUUUAUGCACUCCUUUCCAUUUCUUCUCUCACUCUCAUAUCCACUGUCUUUUAUUUUCUGAGCUGCUUCAGCAUCUGCCUGUGCAUUCAGGGCCCACAAAGCUGCCAGUAAGACAUAAAACAAUGGUUAUAUUAAUGCUUGCAGUAUGGUCUGCCAGUCUAACAUAUUCACUUUCAUUUUUAUUAUUUCUUCUGUAGCUGAGCUAAGCAGUUCCUGAUGUGUGUUUAUAUUUUUGCAGGGGUGGCUGGAUGCCAAGAAACAAAAUGAUUGUACACAUUUUGUAUCGUUAGAUGCAUUCUGUAGUUACCUACUUCUUUUUUGUAUAAGUAUGUGCUCAGACAUAGAAAAUAAU